CGAAAGAGAGAAAAAAUCCUCUCGAUCGACUCGAAGAAGCCAACCAAAGCUGUCGUGGCGGCGGCAAUGGCGACGGCCGGCGGCGAUGCGGAGUUCUACCUGCGGUACUACGCGGGGCACAAGGGCAAGUUCGGGCACGAGUUCCUCGAGUUCGAGUUCCGCCCCGACGGCAAGCUCCGGUACGCCAACAACUCCAAUUACAGGAACGACAUCAUGAUCCGCAAAGAGGUCUUCGUCUCGCCCUCCGUGGUCCGCGAGGCCAGAAGAAUCAUCCAGGAGUCGGAGGUUAUGAAGGAGGACGACAGCAACUGGCCUGUGCCGAACCACAUUGGCAGGCAAGAGCUCGAGAUCGUUAUGGGCAACGAGCACAUCUCGUUCACCACCUCCAUGAUUGGCUCCCUUGUCGAUGUUCAGACAAGCAGGGACCCCGAUGGCCUACGCAUCUUCUACUACCUCGUUCAGGAUCUCAAGUGUUUCGUGUUUUCGCUGAUCAACCUCCACUACAAGAUCAAGUCAAUUCAGUCCUGAGCUCCAUCCCUCGCCUAACUGUGUUAUGGUACUGCAAGCUUUAGGGAUCCCUGUAUCAUGUACGAUCCCAUGAGCGACAGGAUGCGCUCGGAGCACUGGGCGCAACCUUUCGACACUGCCUGGGCUUCUUGUUGGGAUUGUGCAGACUGCGUGUUCCGAGAUAUCUGUGUUUUUUUUAAUGGUUUUCAGUUGGGUGGAGUUUAUUAGCAUGAGCUAAUUAAGGUCAUCUGCCACGCGACUUUUUUGGGUUUGUCAAUCCAGUUGCUUACUAAUAGGGUACUAGUAUUCAUUUGCCAAGUGCUGGCUGCUUGUAAAGGUACCAAGGAACCUCUUGAACAAACCUUACUACUACAUAGUAGGGCUAAACCAAACCUAA